AUGGAUUGUGCAUUGGAUUUGAUGAGGAGGCUGCCUCCUCAGCAGAUUGAGAAGAAUUUAACCGAUUUAAUUGAUCUAGUUCCAAGUUUGUGUGAAGAUUUGUUAUCGUCGGUUGACCAGCCCUUGAAGAUCGCUCAGGACCGAAGUAACGGGAAAGAUUAUCUCCUGUGCGAUUACAACCGUGAUGGAGACUCAUAUAGGUCGCCAUGGUCAAAUACUUACGACCCGCCUCUCGAGGAUGGUUCAAUGCCAUCAGAGAGAUUGAGGAAAUUGGAAAUAGAGGCCAACCAUGCCUUCGACCAGUACAGGGAAAUGUAUUUCGAGGGUGGCGUCAGUUCUGUCUAUCUGUGGGAUAUGGAUCAUGGUUUUGCAGGUGUGAUUCUAAUUAAGAAAGCAGGAGAUGGUUCCCAGAAGAUCAAGGGAUGCUGGGACUCCAUCCAUGUGGUUGAAGUGGUUGAGAAGAGCUCUGGCCGGAAUGCACACUACAAGCUCACUUCAACGGCCAUGCUAUGGCUUCAGACAAACAAAGAAGGCAGUGGGACUAUGAAUUUAGGCGGCAGUCUUACAAGACAGGCAGAGCAAGAUUCGGCAGUGAGUGAUGUAACACCACACAUCGCCAACAUCGGCCGUAUGGUCGAGGAUAUGGAAAAUAAGAUCAGAAACACUCUUAAUGAUAUAUAUUUUGGUAAAACAAAGGACAUCGUAAACGGUUUACGAUCGACCAUACCAGCUAACGUGGCUCGACAAAAGGCCGCCCUACAACACGACCUCGCUGAGGUGUUGUUGCAACGCCGGCAGGUGGCGCGCGACUGA